AUGGUGCGACAUCAAGGCGCUCGAAACGCUGUCUCAAAUAUUGCAUUUGUCCGAACACGCUUCGCCGUGCCCGAUCCACCUCGUCUAACAAAGGCUGAAGCAUUAGGAACUGAUGAGAUUCUGCAUAUCAGAACGGCCUAUACAUUGAGAGAACCCCAGACUGGACAAAGUUCAGUAAGAGUAGCACAUGCACCAGACGUUGCGGAGGCGCAAUAA